GCAGAGGAUGUGGAUCCCUCAGUUGGUCGCUUCAGGAACAUGGUGCAAACGGCAGUGGUCCCAGUAAAGAAGAAGCGGGUGGAGGGCCAUGGCUCCCUGGGCCUGGAGGAGUCAGGCAGCAGACGCAUGCAGAACUUUGCCUUCAGCGGAGGACUCUAUGGGGGCUUGCCCCCCACGCACAGCGAAGCAGGCUCCCAGCCACACGGCAUCCAUGGAACGGCGCUCAUCGGUGGCUUGCCUAUGCCAUACCCGAACCUUGCCCCUGAUGUGGACUUGACUCCUGUUGUGCCGUCAGCAGUGAACAUGAACCCCACACCAAACCCUGCUGUCUAUAAUCCUGAAGCUGUAAACGAACCCAAGAAGAAGAAAUAUGCAAAAGAGGCGUGGCCGGGCAAGAAGCCCACCCCUUCCUUACUGAUUUGAUAUUUUUGGUCAUGGAGAAGUGGGGGAUUGAUUGGGUGGGAAUGGGGUGGAAGGGUGACAGAACUAAUGAACUAGGGAGGAAAAUUUCCACGUGUGCAGUAUCGUCUUUGAGAAUGUCUCCUGGGGUCCUAAACCAUGUAAUACUGAGCCC